AUGUCUAAAAAUUGGUCCGGUAUGCUAAUUUAGAAUUUCAUUUCGGGAAAAGUCUCAUAUGAAAUAGUCGGUAAAUGGUAUGUGGGUUAAUCUUCAGUUGCUUAAUGUGAAAACAGAGAGAGAUACUUCGAUAAUAGAGCCACUGUAGCCUCAUAAGAUUGA